UUUAUUAAUGAUUGAUUUGAAAAUACAGUCAAAAAUAAAUACAGAAAAAGCUCAUAAGGGAAUUGUAUAUUUUGGUCUGGGUGCAGGUUAUUGUUUUUGAGUUUUCCAGAAAAACAGGGAAAUGCCUUUCCAAAUUCAAGGUGCAUUUUUCCAAGGAGCAAUUGAACCAAUGCAGGUGGAUGCCGCCCCAGAAGAAAACGAAAACGUGGAGGAGGAACAAUAUUCAGUUGAAAAUGUUACAAUGGACUUGGAAGCCUAUGGAGCUGGGUACAAAGGCCUAGCAAAGCUAAACCGGCUGAUAUACGUAGCAGAUCAUUGUCCUACUCUUCGAGUAGAAGCUUUGAGGAUGGCUUUAGUUUACGUACAAACAACAUUCAACACCAAUAUGUAUCAGCAAAUCCAUAAGAAAUUACAAGAUGCUAUCACAAGUUCCUCCAUACUCCCUGAUGCAGUAGCUGGCGUUCUACACAAUUUACCGACCCUGGAUUCUCGGUGGAUAGAGGCAACGGAAAAGAAGGCAGCAUACAAGUUAGAAAAACUCGAUACAGAUCUGAAAAACUAUAGGAGUAAUUCAAUUAAAGAAAGUAUUAGGCGUGGCCAUGAUGACCUCGGUGAUCACUAUCUAGAAUGUGGUGAUCUUAGCAAUGCAAUGAAGUGUUAUUCCAGAGCGCGGGAUUAUUGUACUAGUGCUAAACAUGUAGUCAACAUGUGUCUAAAUGUGAUAAAGGUCAGUGUGUACCUUCAGAACUGGUCUCAUGUGUUAAGUUAUGUGAACAAAGCAGACGCCACACCUGAAGUUGCAGAGCACCAUGGCAAAGAUGGCGGCCAGACUGUGCUCACAAAGUUAAAAUGUGCUGCUGGACUGGCAGAAUUGGCCAUGAAGAAAUACAAGUCUGCUGCCAAGAACUUCCUCCAGUGCAGCUUCGAUCACUGUGAUUUCCCUGAGUUGUUGUCUCCUAACAAUGUGGCCACAUAUGGUGCUCUCUGUGCCCUUGCUUCCUUUGACCGACAGGAGCUUCAGAAGAAUGUCCUUGCUAGUAGCUCAUUCAAACUAUUCUUGGAAUUGGAACCCCAGCUGCGAGAUAUAAUCCAUAAAUUCUACGAGUCCAAAUAUGCAUCCUGCCUGAAAUUCCUUGAUGAGAUCAAGGACAACCUCUUGUUGGACAUGUAUCUUGCUGCUCACGUUAGUACGCUCUACACUCAGAUCAGGAACAGGGCUCUUUGUCAGUAUUUCAGUCCUUAUCUAUCAGCUGAUAUGAGGAAGAUGGCUGGUGCAUUCAAUACAACCAUCACUGCUCUGGAGGAUGAAAUCAUGCAGUUGAUACUUGACGGCCAGAUCAACGCCCGGAUUGACUCGCACAAUAAGAUUCUGUAUGCUAAGGAUAAUGACCAGCGAAGCACCACCUUCAAGAAAUCUAUUGAUGUGGGAUUGGAGCAUCAGAGAAGAACUAAGGCUUUGAUUCUCCGGUCAGCCAUGUUGAAACACCAGAUUCACGUCAAGUGUCCCCCAAGAGAUGGUAGCAGCCAAGCUGUUGAGAUGUCGAUCGCGCCAGGAGGUGCCAUGGCUGCCAGGAAUUGAACACACUCCAUCACAUUUGCUGGGAUCUUAAUGUGCUUUGCUUCGUCGUCAGGAAAUCUGGACUUAGCUUCGUUGGAAAACUGGAACUCAUGACUCAUCCUUCCUGUCUUCAACUAUAUUCGAUGUCAGCUUACGUACAUGGGCUUAAGUCACAAAAUGUGUCAACGAUUUUGUCUAUCCUGUACCGGUAUUUGCUACAGUUGGGCAUCUUAUGGCCCAAUCAGGAAAUUGGCAUGUGAUGUGACAUUUGCAUUCAUUUGGGACAUUUGGACUUCAUGCAACAAUUCAUUGUACAACAUGUAACAUUUUCAGUUUAACUGACAUUAAGCAAUGUGAAAUCAUCACAUUGAAACAAUAGAUGUCCUGUUGGACCUGCAGAUCUUUAAAAAUGGAGCUUGUCAAAUAUUUGUUCUUGUGAGUGAGUAAUUCAAAAGGAAAAUUUCCGAGGAGUCUCUGUGUAUUGCAAUGGAUUUGCCUUCUGAGUUCUGUGUGAACUGUUCAUGCAUUUUGGUCAUUCACCCAUUUCUAAAGGCAAAAUAUCUCUUGAAAAUGGGGCUUCUGGCUGGUGCAUUUCUGAAAGUAUGUGCUUUGUGUCUCCACCUGUUUGAAAGGUUGAUCUGACAGGGAGAACCAUUAAUCAGGUCUUUACUGUUAUUGUUCAUUUUGCUAGAAUAGUUAAUGAAACACUGUACAUUUCUUGUAUGAUAAUGUUGAAAUA